AUGCCCACCUUACUCAUCGAUAUACCGAAAGUGGAAAAACUAACGUGCGGAACUGGUCAACCUGCUCAGCGUGGUCGUAGGAAGCCAUUGGUAUGGAAGCGAAGGCAUCCGUGGUUUGAUAGACAAUGGUCUCUUGAUCUUAAGCGUGCAAAGAAGGGCCCUGCAACGCCACAGUACCCUGACGGAGUGCCGUUUACCCAGAUUCGAGCAUUUCAGUCUUUUGCCGGAAGGUCAUGGAAAAUCAAUGCAGGGCGUCGCCGGAAGAUUCGUCUUUCCCUAAAGCGAGGCCGUCGGAAGCUUUUGUGA